CUAACCGCGCCGCGCAGGAGGAUCCGUCAUCGGCCGGUUCAUGGGGCUCUCCUCGUGGCACCGAUUUCGUUUUUGGAAGCGCCGCGCCGGGGCCACCGGAGAUGAAGAGGAGCUCCUCGCUUGGAUCCAGUGGUGCCUCAUUGUGCGGCCUCUCUGCAGCACCAGUUGAAGAGCUCAUCCUAGAUGAUUCUCCCCCAAAGCAAAGCGAUAGUUUUGGUGCCAGGGAAAGCUCGCACGAGGUUUCUUGUCCGAGCAUUCUUCAUGGUGACCAUGAUAUGCUGUCAUGUGAGAGUACGGAGUCGACAAGCUCACCAUUAGCUGGUCGAGCGGCCAAUUCAGCAAAAUGUACUGGCAGGAACGAUUCCAUGGGACUCCCCAAGGACCGCGGCACCUCAUCUGCUGGAGAUUCUCUGGAUGGAGGUUACUCCACAAAGAAAGGAAGUAAACUCUCUGCAGAUGGUGGCGGUAAUGCCGAGCAGGGUUUGUUUGUUUUCGGUGAGUGCGCUAGUGCUCCGCAUAGCUGGUUCGCUGCAAGCACAGCGCAAAGCGAUGCCAACAAGUUGGAUUCAUCUGAUGAAGGGGAUGCGCCAUGCAGUUCUGAACGGCAAGACCUUUCAGCUCCUGAGGAUGGCAGAUGCGGCAACUUGGAGCCUUCACCUGGUUCAAGUAAUAGGGAUGCUCCACAUUUCAGACCUCAUGAAGUUCAUGAAACAGGAAAAGCCUCUAAUACCGCACCUUCUAGCAUUGCAUCUCAAGAUGACAUUCCCAAGGUUUCUUUGACGAAAUUGACUGAGGUUAUGCAAACACAAAGCACCGUAGUUGCAGCGCCAGGGCUUGGUGAAUGGGGAUCUUUCGAUGAGAAAUCGUUUACUCUGAAUGACCACAAUGUAUCAUCUAAAGACAAGGGAGUGGUUAAGGCUAUGAGCAUGAAUAGAAGGGCAGUUAAACCAAAGAAAUUCUCCUCGGCCCGCCAGGUUUCUUCCUUGCGGACAGUUCAUGCAGCUGACAGUUUUUCUGGAAAAGUGAUUCCAGAAUCAAACUUCAAUUUGCAGCAAUCUGGAAAGGUUGGCUUCAGGUUAGAGGACUCUGGUAUCCGUGUAGGUAACAGUCGCCUUGAGGAAGCUAAUGGUACGCAAACAACAGAAAGUAGCCAUGACGGAACAAGGCUUACUUAUGCCGCGAACUUGGAAAGUUCUGGUCAUUCUCAAAGACAGCAGACCAAGAAAAGUUCUGAAGGAAUGCCUGUUAAUAAUACUAAAUUUGUUCAAAGCCUUCCUACAUCUGCCAUUAGUCUUGCACACACAGAAGUAUCAGCAAGCCAGCCCAACACAGUUUUUGCGUCUCAAUGGACUGAAUACAGCAAAGCAGAACCUACAACAGUAACAUGUACAAAAACGGAAAAGUUUGGAUAUCAGGAAGAUUGUGAAACUUGGCGUAUAAGGGGGAACCAAGCUUAUGCUGCAGGACGGUUAACAAAGGCGGAGGAAUACUAUACUCAUGGGAUUAAUUCUGUUUCCCCAAAUGAAGCCUCGCGGAAAGCAUUAAUGUUGUGCUACAGCAACCGUGCAGCUACCCGGAUAUCUCUCGGUAGGAUGAGAGAUGCACUCUCUGAUUGCCGGAAAGCUACUGAAAUUGAUUCUAGCUUUCUCAAGGCGCAAGUCAGAGCUGCAAACUGCCUACUUGCUCUUGGGGAUGUUGAAGAAGCACAAAAGGGUUUUGAAAUCUGUUUGAAGUCUAAUCAUGUGGAAAGCUUGAAUCAUAAAAUCAUAGAAGAGGCUUCUGAUGGUCUACAAAAAGCUCAGAAAGUAUCUAGUUUUAUUCUUCAAUCCAAGGAAUAUCUUGUUAAAAAGGAAUUUGACAAGAUACCAAGCGCCUUACAAAUGAUCACGGAUGCUUUGUCCAUAUGCAUUCAUUCAGACAGCUUGAUGAAAAUGAAAGCAGAAGCCAUGUUACUGUUGCGGCGAUAUGAAGAAGUAAUUCGGUUUUGUGGAGAAACUCUGCAUCUGGCAGAGAGAAAUAGUGUGUCUAUGUGUCUUGAUGAGCAUCCAGAAAACAUUAACUUGGACAUUUGCUGUUCCUCUGUGAAAUUGUGGCGCUAUUAUCUCAUCACCAAGUCAUAUUUCUUCACGGGAAAGCUUGAAGAGGCUCAUCAAUUCUUAAAAAAGCAUGAUCAGGCAACACUUGUGGAAUACAAGUGCGGGGAGCAUUCUGAGCAAUCAGUUUCGUCACUUUCUAUGACAAUCUCUGAACUACUGCGCCUAAAAGUUGCUGGGAACGAAGCUUUUCAAGCUGGUAAAUAUUCAGAGGCUGUGGAACAUUAUAGUGCUGCUUUGUUAAGCAGUACCGAGUCACUACAUUUUUCAGCAAUCUGCUUUGGCAACCGUGCAGCUGCAUACCAAGCAAUGGGCCAUAUUUUAGAUGCCAUAGCAGAUUGUUCGCUAGCUAUAGCGCUGGACACUAGUUAUUGUAAGGUCAUUUCUAGAAGAGCUAGUUUGUAUGAACUUAUAAGAGAUUACAGUCAGGCCGAAAAUGAUCUUCGCAGACUAAUUUCUCUUCUUGAGGAACAACUACAAGAAAAUAUGUCCACACCAUCAGAAAAGUUAGAUAAUGUUCGUAACAAUCUACAUCGAGCCAAUAUUAGACUUUCUGCUUUGGAGCGUGAUGCCAGAAAAAGGAACACAUUGAAUAUAUAUUUGAUAUUAGGAAUUGAACCAGCUUGCUCUGCUGUGGGUAUAAAAAAAGCAUACCGCAAAGCAGCAUUAAGGCAUCAUCCAGAUAAAGCCGGUAAUUUUCUUGUGAGAAGUGAAAAUAUCGAUGAUACAGCAUGGGCAGAAAUUGCUAACAUGAUCCGCAGAGAUGCUGAUUAUUUAUUCAAAAUAAUUGGGAAAGCAUAUGCCAUACUUUCGGACCCUACAGUGAAGAGCAAAUGAUAGGGCCUGCCACAUGGAUAAAUAGUACACGCACUGCAGUGGACAUGACGCAACACUUGAAGGAAUCAAAUUGAUGAUACGAUUUGUUGUAAAAAAAAGAGAAGUGCUGAUAGGAUUUGUUGUAAAAAAAAGAUGUGAUGAUAGGAUUUUUUGAUAAUCAUGAAGUGGUGAAAUGAAGAAACAUAAUGGGGAGGAUCUACAAGAUGCUGGAUGCUCUAAAACGGGAGGCUGGUGAACUUGUUGACGCUGAAUCACCAACCUGAGUUUUGGCAUGUCCCGUGCUCCCAUUGCGGCGCUUAGACUGCAUGAGUACCAUCAACCCAGGAAGUUGUGGAUCUGGGUCUUCAUGGCUAACAACUGAUGUGAAAGUUUUGCUGUUUGCCAAGUUUUCAGUUUGGUGUGCAGAGUGUAUACUAUACCGGGGUACCUUUACCCAAUGGUCUUUUUCUGUAAAGACGAUGUGCAUAUGUAUCUGAAGUUGUGCAUAGUUUGUUGAAGCAUCUGGAAAUGGAAAUGGAAAUGGAACCAGUAACAGAGAAACAAUGUAAAUACACAUGAGGUGUGUGGGGGCUGAAGCACGAUUUGUUUGGUUUUAUAUAGUACAAAUUUUGCAAGAGAGGGUGGGAUUAUUUUUUCUCUUUCGGGUUCUGUAUGUAAAACUGACCAAUGAGUGAUUCUUUUGUUGAAACAAACAAAUAAGUUGGCAUGCAUGGAUACUGUAAAUUUUACGGUUGUUGGCCUAUUAUGCUGCUGCUUUGGUCUGUUCCAAGUUGUAAAGAAUGUAUUAUAACU